UUGUUCAGAAAGCGAGUGAAGUAUCGCGCCCAAGCCACAUGAUGAUGAGGUUCUGACGUAAUAAUAAGAACAAAUCAUUUGUUUUAAAAUUUUCAACGACCGAAAACCCCAUAGCUCCGUCACAUCCCCAAUUUUCCGAUGAAGCGAAUCGUGAGGAUAUCAUUCACCGACGUGGAGGCCACCGAUUCUUCCAGCAGCGAAGACGAUCAGACGAAUACCGAAUCACCGUCGCGAAGAAAAGGGAAGAGGUUCGUCAAGGAGAUCGUCAUCGACCCAUCCGAUUCCGCCGAGGUGAGAAAGACGCGGAUUAAGAUCAGGAUUCCGGCGAGGCUUAAGAAGAAGUUCCGAGGUGUGAGGCAGAGGCCGUGGGGGAAAUGGGCGGCUGAGAUCAGGUGCGGUAAAGCUCACGGUGGAAUUCGCAACGGAGGACCUGUUCGUCUUUGGCUUGGGACAUUCGAAACCGCCGAGGAAGCUGCUUUGGCUUACGACAAGGCCGCGAUUCAGCUUAUUGGGCCUCACGCGCCGACCAAUUUCGGCCCUGAAUCUCCGGCUGUGAAGCAAGAUUCCGAUGCUGGCGCCUCCGCCUCUUUCUUUUGUAAAAAGUGAUCAUUUUUUACCUUUUAACAGCAAGUUCUAUCUUUGUACAUGCAAUAUUUGAAGUUACUAAUUUCUCAUUCCAGAUUCUUGGUUUAAUUAUCAUAUAAUUGUACAUUUGUGAUCUUAUUUUUGUGUUCCGACUGUA